UCAGCGUCGUUGAGGUUUUAGCCUUUACUCUCUUUUUCCCUGUCAAGGGUUUUAGCGUUUCAUAGGAAAAAAAAUCCAGAGAGCCAUGGAUAGGUACCAGCGUGUGGAAAAACCAAAGCCAGAGUCUCCGAUUAGCGAGAAUGAGAUUCGUAUCACCUCUCAAGGUCUUAUCCGAAACUACAUCAGCUAUGCCACUACCCUUAUUAUGGAAAAACGUGGAAAAAGAGAUUGUUUUGAAGGCAAUGGGCCAAGCAAUCAGCAAGACAGUGGCCAUUACAGAGAUAUUGAAGAAGAGACUUCCAAAUUUGCAUCAGGAGACUACUGUCAGCUCAAUAAGCAUAACUGAUGUAUGGGAACCUAUUGAGGAGGGUCUUGUGCCUGUGGAACAAACACGUCAUGUCUCGAUGAUUUCAAUAACUUUAUCAACUAGAGAGCUAAAUACCAACUCUCCUGGAUACCAAGCUCCAUCUGUUGUAGAACAACCAAAGAGGCAGUACCAUUAUCAGCAACAGCAACAACCCAGACCAGCACGCACUCCGUACAAUGCUGCCAAUGAAGAUUCAUAUGGCCGAGGCAGGGGUCGUGGUAGAGGGAGAGGGCGGAAUUGGGGCAGGGGUGGAUAUGGAAACUAUCAUGGAAAUUAUGAAGGAAACUAUCAAGAUAAUGGCGGGUAUACAAAUUGGAGCCGAGGUAGUGGCCGAGGAAGAGGUUGGGGCAAUCGCGGUGCUGGAUAUGAAAGAGGCAGAGGAGGGGACAGAGGCUAUGUCCGUGGUCGUGGAAGGAUGGGUGGUCUCUCACGGGGAGGUGGUUACCAAGCAUAUUAGAGAGUUGGCUACCUCUGUUCUCAGAUCAGCUAAAUGCUUACCUUGGCCAUUGGGUGAAUUUUAUCAGUAUGCAUUUUUAUCGAGGGAUGUGGUUUAUGAUUGCAUAGCAUUAUUAAGCAGUGGUUUCAUGCUUUUUCUCUUGA